AUACACAUAAAAUUGCCAUCUUUUCCUCGCCACACAAUACAAGUAAUCAAAAACAAAAAGAGAGCAAAAACAUAAUCAUCUCUCUCUCUGCUUCAACCAAAACUCUGCACAGAGUUUAAGACUACAAGGAAGCAAAAUGAAUUUGUGGUAUAUCAUUGUUGCAAUUGUCUUCCUUGCAUCUCUACUAGUUGCAAAGAACACACGAAAGACAAAGAAGAAUCUACCUCCUGGACCACCACGACUUCCUAUAAUUGGCAACUUGCACCAAUUGGGAUCCAAACCUCAUCGCUCCAUGUUCAAAUUAUCUGAAAAAUAUGGACCUCUAAUGUCUCUCAAGUUUGGAAACGUGUCUACCGUUGUGGCCUCAACUCCAGAGACGGUGAAAGAUGUCUUGAAAACAUUCGACCUUGAUUGUUGUUCACGGCCUUAUAUGACUUACGCUGCAAGAAUCACAUACAAUUUAAAGGAUCUUGGCUUUUCUCCAUAUAGUAAUUACUGGAGGGAGCUACGAAAGUUGACGGUCACCGAACUCUACACCGCGAGGAGGGUACAGUCGUUUCAACAUGUAAGAAAAGAAGAAGUUGCAUCGUUGGUUGAAUUCAUCAAACAAUCUGCUUCAUUGGAGAACCAGGUUAACUUCAGCCUCAAGUUAAUGUCAUUGUCAGCAAGUGUGAUAUGUAGAGUUGCAUUUGGGAUACGUUUUCAAGGGAGUAAAAUUGAGGAUACUUAUGAUGAAGUCAUUCAAGGAAUCAUGGAGGUUGUGGGGAGUUUUGCAGCAGCAGAUUACUUCCCGGUUAUUGGCAAAAUCAUCGAUAGGAUCACAGGGCUACAUAGCAAAUGUGAGAAGGUUUUUAAAGCAAUGGAUGCAUUUUUCGACCAAGCUAUACAACAUCACUUAGAUGAUGAGAGUAUUAAAGAUGAUAUCAUUGCCUUGCUCCUAGAGAUGGAAAGAGGAGAGCUUGGACUUGGAGGGUUUAAACUCACUCGAAGCCACACCAAAGGAAUACUUCUGAACAUUCUUGCUGCUGGAGUAGACACUUCUGCCCAAACUGUUACAUGGGUGAUGACACAUUUAGUUGCAAACCCAAGAGUUAUGAAAAAAGUGCAAGCAGAAGUGAGAGAAGUGAUAAAAAACAAAGACAACAUCAUAGAAGAAGAUAUAGAACAACUCAAGUAUCUCAAACUAGUGAUUAAAGAAACAUUAAGGAUUAACACACUUGUGCCACUUCUAAUCCCAAGAGAAGCUUCAAAAGAUAUAAAGAUUGCGGGUUAUGACAUUCCAAAGAAAACAUGGAUCCAUGUAAACGUUUGGGCUAUUCACAGGAAUCCAAACGUUUGGAAAGAUCCAGAAGCUUUUAUCCCUGAGAGAUUUAUGGAUAAUCAAAUUGACUAUAAAGGUCUAAACUUUGAACUCUUGCCGUUUGGUAGCGGAAGGAGAAUGUGCCCUGGUAUGGGUAUGGGUUUGGCUUUGGUACACUUGACACUUAUCAACCUUCUUUAUCGUUUUGAUUGGAAGCUUCCUGAAGGAAUGAAACCUGAAGACGUUGGUCUUGAAGAAUCCUAUGGGCUUGUAUGCCCUAAGAAAAUUCCACUUCAGGUUAUUCCUGUCCUUACGCAAUGGACUUGAUAUUAAGUCAUAUUUGUUUAGAUCGUAAUGAAAAUAUUUGGAAGUAUUUUAAAUGUCUUAUACUAAUAAGGAAAGUUGUUUGAUGAA